AUGACUCAGCCAGCCCUGAAGAUCCUGCAGUUAAACCUGAAUCACUGCAUCGCAGCCCAAGACCUGCUGCAGCAGACUGUUCGGGAGAUACGAGCGGAUAUAGCCCUGCUAAGCGAACCUUAUAAAACCGGCACAGGUCCCUGCUGGGCCAAGGACUCGAGCGGUAGAGCAGCGGUUUGGUGUUGUGGUAGCAGCGACGGCGUAUUGCAGGACAUUCUACGCGAGGAUGGAUUUGUGAGAGCGAGGUUUGGCAGUUAUUGGCUCUACAGCUGCUAUCUCGCGCCUAGCUUAACCCUGGAGCAGUUUGGCCGGACGGUAGACAAAAUCGCCGAUAACAUUAGAGGACGACAAGGAGUGAUUAUAAGUGGCGACUUUAAUGCUUGGUCAGUCGAAUGGGGAAGCACACGCUCUGACGCUCGAGGUAGAUUGCUGCUGGAAGCUUUCGCCAAUCUUAACAUCUCCUUGCUAAAUGUUGGCUCCGAGAAUACCUUCAGAAGGUCCGGCACAGGAUCUAUUGUGGAUCUUUCUUUUGCCAGCGACAGUAUCGCCGCCUCAGCCACAUGGCACGUGGGAUCAACAUACUCGGCGAGUGACCAUGAAGUCAUCACCUUCACCAUUGGCGACAGCAGGCAACCGCUCCCUAGGACGCAGCAUUUUCGAAGGGUUUUUAAGGCCGAAACCCUUAACUCGCAGGUCUUUGGCCACAACCUGGAGGGCCUAAGCGUUAGGGACAUCAUGAGCGCGGAAGACGCCGCAAAUUCCGUAAUGGCACGGAUAGUAGAGGCAUGCGAGGCUAGCAUGUCUCAGAGUGGCACAUACACACGCCACCACACCCCAGUCUUUUGGUGGAAUGACGCUGUCGCUGAAGCUAGGAGAUCCUGCCUUCGCGCAAGGCGUCUCUAUCAGCGCGCACGUGGUUCGACAAACUUCGAGGCCCUGGGCCUGGAGUAUAAGAGACGUCGGAAUAUGCUCAAGAUUGCGAUCCGUUCCAGCAAACGUGAAUGUUUCCUCGCUCUGUGCGACUCUGCUGAGCACGACCCCUGGGGCAAGGCCUACCAGCUAGUGGUCAAGCGUUUAAACUCCAGUAGAAACCCACCCCCAACGGAUGCGCAAGCGGUACGUUCAAUUGUCGACGGACUUUUCCCUGUGGUCGACGAAGAAAUGCAUGUGCCCCGCCUGACUCCAGUCCUACACUCGGCGGAGUGUACGCUAACCGAGGUCCUUGAGACAGUGAGGCGUCUGAAGCCCAAAAAGGCACCAGGUCCGGAUUCGAUCCCCAAUAACGCAUUCAAGCUCGCAGUGCUGCUCUACCCACACGUGUUCGUAGAGCUUUACUCCAAGUGGUGUUGCUGCCGAAGCCGGGGAAGCCGCAAGUAG